UGUUUUUCUAGUGUUUCGACGGCAGCACCCAGAAUCGCGGCUGCGGGAACUCCCCUAGAGGCAGCAGCGACGCGUUUCUUGGCUGAUUAGCGACCUUUGGCUGUGACCAACUUCAACGACUUCAGAUCUGAUUCCCAUAGAGUGUUCAGCAUUGUGAGCUUGAGCUGGUUCGAACGGAAUCCAUCAAGCACCGAAGGCCCUUUCGGUUUGGAAACUUCAAGUGGCAUGUUUAAGGAAUCCUGUUUAGAUUGAAGCAGCAAUGGCGUUUGGUCCAGUUUUAGAUUACUCCAAAACCCACCGAAUAGUCCUCCUUGUAGAUCUCAACCCACUCCACCAUCUCCAAAACCCAUCUCCAUAUCUCACUGCUAUAACUUCCACUGCUAAAAUUCUCCUCUCUUUUCCACCUUUUUCAUCCUCAACUCUCUUCUCCUUCAGAUUCUUCUUCUCCUCUCUCUCUCCUCUCCUUUCCUCCUCCAGACUCAGUUUGAUUCCCAGUUGUUCUCUUUCCCUCUCCUUCGACCACCCAACUGCAACUUUCAACUCUCUCUCCAAUGCCAUUGAUUCAUUGUUGAAACUUCAUCAAUUGUUUGAUGCUUCUGAACCGAUGCACUCACAGGCUUCAUGCCUUGCGGCGUCGAUGCGUCAGCUUUUACACGACUAUGCUUGGGACUCUGUGAUGGAAGAUUUGGAACAUAGUACACCCUCUGAAUGUUUUGAUUGCAUUGGUGUUAAAAAAAAUUUGGUUGUUUUGUUUUCACCAUUUUCUGAAUUAGUUGGAUGUUUGUCUGGAUUUCUGGGAGUGGCUAUGGAUGAUGAGUGUGUUAGAAAUCUGGAUUUGUUUAGUAGAAGAUUCUAUGGGUUGUUUGAAAGUGUGAAUGCUGCAUUUUCACAGAAGGAUAUUCAAUUUAGUUGGAUUAAUGUUAACCAUGAGUCUACUGAGAAUACGAUAAAUAAUGAUGAGCUGAAUGUGAAAUUUGGGUUUUUAAAGAGUACGAUUAGGAAUUUAGGCUGGGGAUUUUGCUCGUCGAACUCCAUUGUUUUAGGAUCUGCUCUUCUCCCGUUUGGGCUGAUUUACCCCAAGCUAGUAAUGCCGUUGAGAAAUCUUGACAUUCAUAAGUUUAAGAAGAAUAUUAAAGCUCGAUUGUGCCUUGAGAUUUUGGAUAGAAGCGAGAAGCCACUAGAAUGCAAGUUUUGUAAUCUUGAAUUGAUUGAUUGGAAGACUUUGCUUGAAAAUAGAUCUGAUGAUCCUUUGCUCAUACCAGGAGGAUUGAAAAUAAGAUCAGAUGGCUAUGAGCAAAGGAAAGUAUCUUUGUUUGGUGAUGGUGCUGUAAAGCUACAUGUUAAAGCUGUGCAGAAGUGUACCGAAUUAGUGAGAUACAUGGGUCAUCUAUCUUAUCCAUUUCUUGUGCUUGAAUCUUCAGAAGUGCCGGUAAAGAUCGUCCAGGGAAAUAAUGGAAAAUUUUUUGCUGAUGAGAUUUUGGAAAUGAUGGCACUUGAACUGGGUGAUUGUAAAAUGCCAAAACCUAUUCCUUUUUUUCAGCUUCUUAUGAGUUUUCUUUAUGGGGAAGGUUAUUGGGCAUUGGUGUCUAUUUCAAAUGCCAAUGGUGAUUCACAUUUAGGAAUCUUAAAGCCUUUCAUGGUUUCUUCAGCUCUUCUCUUUGUCAUUGACAAAGAAUUCUACCCUCUUGUGUUGGAGCCUACUAAUGAGGAUAAGCGUUUGGAAGAAGUGGGGACUGAAAAAGGCAAGAAUACUUGCAAACUUGGUGGUGAUUUGAACAAAUCAUGUAAUGUAGUUGAUUUUGAAGCUUCUCCUUCUGUUAAGUGUUCUCAAAAUGGAAAUGGUAAAGUGAAAGCAGAGAAGAAGACUAGACAUUCGAUCCAAAACUUCACUUGGGCAGAUUUUUACAAGGCAGCAUUUGAACACGUGAAGAUUGAACUUGAAAAUGCAUACUUCGACAGAUAUUGUAAUAGCUCAAAGAAAAUGAAAUUUUUCAGAAGCUGGGUAAAACAGAUUAAGAAAUCCACUUUAUGUGAGCUAUUGUUACCUGAGGAGUUGCAAUUAAAGCGGGACAUUCUCGAUAAAAAUGAUGAUAGAUCAAAACAGUUGCACCAAGAAACUAAAGAACCAAUGACUUCAUCUGGUCAAGAAAAUUCCUUGGCUGAGGCCUCUAAAACAUUGGCUGAAGCAACCAUUGACCAUCAUUUGGAGACUUCCGAAGACUUUUUCAAUAAUCUGUCCACUAAGAUCCACCAAGGACUUGAAUCCGAAGUUGUUGACUUGGGUGCGUUGGCAGAGCGACUUGUGAGUUCAGCUAUUUACUGGUUAAGUCAAAAGUAUGAAGUGCAGGGCACUUCCGAUGAUCAACCAAAUGCCAGAAAGUUUGAUUCUAGUAUCAGUUGUGCAGUUGCUACAAAACUAAAUAAACUCUUGCUGAGAGAGCCCGAAGACUUGGCUACCAAGCCCAAGAUCGAUGGUCUCCCUUUUGAGUGUAGUCCAGGAUCCACUGGACAGACCUCAGACAGCAUAGUCAGAGAACAUGAAUUGCAGAUCUUUUUUCGAAUGGAGAUUUUACGAUCGCUGAUUAUAUUCAACAUUAGUGAAUCUAUGAAGCAAAAGUUUGUCAAAGAUAUUUGCUUGCAUUUAGAAUCAAUUCAAUGCCAUUUGGAGGGAGGAUUUUUUGGAGAGUGGAGCAUAAAACAUUAUGUUGGAAAAAUCAUAAAAAGCAGGUAUUGCCAAAGUCUAGGAGAUAUAGUGAAUAAGAUCUAUGAAAAAAUGGAUUUGUUGUUGUUUGUUGAUGAGAACAAAUCUACCAAUCACUCUCUCCACAGUGAGGAUAGCAAUAAUUCUUGGAGAGAUAACUUAGUUAGCGAUGAAGUCGGUGACAACUAUAGCUCCAAUGAUCCAGUUUCAGGAGAAAACAGAGAAAACAAAAUCCAUGGAAAUGACAAUGAAAAACCUCCAGGGAUCAACCAUGGCUACACUUGCAAACUGAUCAAAGCUCGAGAAAUGAGAGAAAGGGCCAGAAGAUUUUCCUCUUUCACGAGCUGGGUACCAGAUUUGCACCGAGUUUGGGCACCGAAGCAAACGAAGAUGAGGAAACCUAAGACGAAUCAUCUUAAAAAGGAGUCGAAAAGGAAGCACCCAAAUAGGGAAAGCAACGACAUGGUGUGUGAGACCCCAGAAAAAAGACACUCGAUUCAGAGUGCGAACCGAGAUGGCGAUGAAGAAGCUGUUAACAAUGGAAAUCGUUUAUGUCGUUCGGUUUCCAAGGCAUUGUUUAAUGACACAUAGACUCAUAGCCUUUCAACAGUACCUCGGUAGGUACCUCUGAUUGCUUAUAAAAUAACUAACAGCAGAAUUACUUGUCUCUCUCCUCAUGUAUAUUGUAAAGAUCAACCAACUUCUGAAGUAGCUGGGUAUUGCUUUUCACUUGGCUCAUAUAUUGCUCAUUUCAGCUUUUUUGU